CAGCAGUCUCACCAGUGACCAGACCACAGGCUUCUUCCCCACACAGACCCCUCCAUGCUGAGAGAAGUCAAUGUCGCUGCUGCCGCCGCCUGCUCCGCAGCUACAGUACCUCCACCGCUCACACUCCUCGAGCUCCCACACUUACCACUAGAGCAAAUUUACGCCGGAGGUUGGAGCUGUUCUUGUUCGCCCUGCUCAUCUUUCUUUCUUGCUCCGAUCCAAGAAGAGGGUGACAAGAGAUUGCGGCGGUAGGGUUUGGUUAAAUCGUUCGAGGUCUUGGGAAAAAUCUGGGGCUGAACUGAAGAGAGGUCGCAAUGCCGAAGAUGUUUGGGUUCUCUCGGCGCCGGAUGAAGCUGGGGAGGUUAAAGGGUCAUCUGCACGAUCCUUUCCAUGGCUCACGGAGCCCUUCACGUCAAACUAAGCGUUUUAGUCACCCCAAUGGAGAAGAUCCAGUGACUACAUCAGUGAGUGGCCGCGCCGAUGACCUUGCUUGGCGCUGCUCAUCUGAUACAUUUGAUCUCAAUGGGCGUGCUUUUGAGAGCUCAGAGAAUUGGGCGGUGCUGUCAACAGAGGGCGACAAACCAACUCCACGUUUUGAUCAUGCAGCAGCCAUGGUAGGGAGCAAAAUGGUAGUCUUCGGUGGUGAUUCUGGUCAUCGUUUGCUAGAUGAUACCAAGAUAUUGAGCUUAGACAAACUUAGCUGGGAUUCUGUGUCUCCUAAAGUUCGACCAUCAUCAAAUGGACGUUGUCCGAAGUUGCGACCGUGCAAAGGUCAUUGUCUGGUUCCAUGGGGGAAGAAUGUCAUUCUUGUGGGAGGGAAAAGUGACCCACCUUAUGACAAGAUAUCAGUAUGGACCUUCAAUACAGAAACUGAGCUCUGGUCACAUAUGGAAACCAAGGGCGAUGUUCCGGUGUCGCGAAGUGGCCAUACGGUGAUUAGAGCAGGUCCUGUUCUAAUUCUCUUUGGAGGCGAGGAUGCCAAAGGGAAGAAACUGCAUGAUCUUCAUAUGUUUGAUCUGAAGUCAUUAACAUGGCUUCCUUUGAACUAUAAAGGUGCUGGACCUUCUCCAAGAUCAAAUCAUGUAGCUGCACUUUACGACGAUAGAAUUCUAUUGAUUUUUGGAGGUCAGUCGAAGUCGAAGACCCUGAAUGAUAUUCAUGCUCUAGACUUUGAAACAAUGGUAUGGUCAAGGAUCAAAACCCAUGGUCAUCAUCCAUCUCCUCGAGCAGGUUGCUGCGGAGCACUUUGUGGGACUAAAUGGUAUAUCGCAGGAGGUGGAAGCAAGAAAAAACGGCAUCCUGAAACAUGGGUCUUUGACGUUCUAGAAUCCAAGUGGUCUGUUUGUGUAGUGCCUCCUAGUUCCUCAAUUACUACGAAGAAAGGUUUCAGCAUGGUACCAUUGUACUACAGGGACAAGAUUGUGCUUGUUGCUUUUGGAGGAAACAAAAAGGAGCCAUCUGACAAGGUUGAAGUACUAGUGGUGCUGCAGAACGAGCACUGUUUCAGUUGGCGGUCUGCACCUGAGGUUGAACCCUUAAUGUAUGAUGAAUCUCCUCCAAGCUCAAGGGAACUUGCUGAUCACCUCAACCAUUGUGCUCCUCUGUACUCUAGUGGCUCAGUAGCGAGAAGCAGCAUUGCCACCACAGCGGAAAACUCAUCUGGGAGGAAAUCCCUCCCCGAUUCGCUGCUACAGAACUCAAAUCUCGGGAGCUCAUCGCUCCGAAGGCAGUUCCGUCAAGAACAGGACUGCAGCCUGGCCCAAAAACUGCAGAAACCAAUCGAUGAUGACAAAUACAAGGAUGUUGAUGAUUGUUCUGAGCUACCUUCCAUCACAAACCAAAAACCACGUAAUGACACUCAUCAGUCCCCAGAUGCUGAAGCUAAAGCGAGAAAGCUGGGCAGAAGUUCUUCAGACAUCAACAACCAUCACGAUACAAGGAUAACCACCCUGGUCAGGAGAAACAUGGCUUUAGAAGAGCAGCUCUCAGCUGCGCUAACGACCAAGGACGAAGCGGAAAAGAACCUGUCUCUGGUCAUCGACAGCAAGGAUGAGCUGGAGAAGAGGCUGGCUGAGAGGGACAGAGAGGUCGAGGCACUGAAGGAGAAGGUGACCGGGCUGGAACUGGCGCAAGAGGAGUCGAACAACCUCUCCAACACCGUACACGCUGACAAUGUGCGGCUCGAGCGUGAGGUGGCGUUCCUGAAAGCCGUCAUGGAUGAGACCCAGAAGGAGCUGCACUCAACUCGCGGAGUUCUAGCAGGAGAACGUGCAAGGGCGUUCCAGCUUCAGGUUGAAGUGUUCCAUCUGAAGCAACGUGUGCAAACGAUGGAAGGAAGGUCACCUACACCACGAAAGCCUCAGAACCUGUAGAGUACAUGUAGAAGUGUACAGUAUUUCUAGCACUCUGUUGUAAAUUCAAUGUUGUAUUAAGAGUGGUAUUGGGGCCAUUUUGAUUUGCAAUGUUAACCUAUUUCGCCACUGGGCUCAAUUGUGUAUCAUUGAGUUUUUAUCCAUCCGCGAAGAUGUUUAUGCACAGAUUCUGAGCUGUCUCUCAGCAGAGGAUUUUAUUGAAUACCUGUUGAAUUCUUUUGGUGCA